AUGCCUCAAUCCUCUUAUUCCUCUAAAAGGGCACCCAAGAGUUCAGCUAAAAACGCCCACCCCCGCCCUGCAACCCCCGAGGGCCACAUCAGGCGCAACAUGGAUAUGUCUCCCAAAGUCAAUCCCCCUAGGAAGUUGGCCACUGGCCGACCCGCCGACAGAAAACGCAGAGCAUCGUCCUCUUCAGUCUCCUCUGUCUCCUCUGUUUCAUCCCUCGAUGAUCUUAGCGAGGAGGCAGAUGAUUCGGAAGAAGAUGCGGACGAUGAGGAAGAACCAGCUGUCAAGGCCCCGUCUUAUCGUCGGAGGGACAAUAAGGCGGGGCGUCAACCUGCACGAGCCAAAAGAAGACGUGUGGUUUCAGAUGAUAGCAGCAAUGCCAGCGACUCUGAUGAGAGCUCUGAUGAUGUCUACGCUGCGGUGGACUACAUCACGGAUGCUGAAGAUGAAGAGCAAGACGUUGAACAAAUGGAAGAAAUGAUGAUUAUGGAAUCUGAAAGAUCUCAGCGGGUCAUGCCUAGUUCAGAACUGAACGAUGAGCAGUGGACCAUCUCGAACGCGUUUGACGACCAUAUGUUCUUACCAGCAGCUUCUUUCUUCGACGAGGAGCACCUUUACUCCGCCAUGGACACCUUUGGGGAACCAGAAAUGACCAGCGAGGCUGUUGAGACUCCAGUUGCUCGACGAGUCCACUUCGAGGAGCGAUCAGAAUCGUCCUCUGAUAGUGAUUCCCACAGCGAUGAUGAAAUUCCCGGUGACUUCUUGCAGCAAGACAGCUUGGACCCACAGCUGCGUCGUAUGAUUGAAAAUGACCACGAGUCCUACCGCAACAACCAUCGUAGGCAUUCCGAAGAAAUCUUCGGUGAUGCUGAUUACGGCCAUGGCAGCAUUUACCACGUCGAGUCCGAGGGUUCCUCCGAGGGCAGCUUGAGUGGAUAUGAGAGUGAUGAUGGCGAUACCACAGAUGAAGAUUUACCCCCACCAGCUACCAUCACCCACCCUCGAUCCCUUCUUCGCCGGGACUCAUCCGAUUCAUUGGCCCCUGUAGGUGACGACAAGAGCGAUAGUGUUCCUCGCCGCCGUGGUCCCAUCAUGGGAACCUUCGUGGCCGACCCUCACAAGCCGGUUGCUUUGGUUGACUGCACUGGAAAGCACCUCGUCAUCAUCCCUGCCUAUGCCUCUUCUCGCCACGACUGGCUUGAGUCCGCUGCUAACAGCAUGCCCGGAACCGCCAACACCAGCCCUCGCCAGACUACUCUUCACCUGGUUGACGAAAGUGACACCGAUGCUCUUGUCUCUCCUCAUCAAACAGAUUUCAGCCCCAUGCUGGCAUCCAGUGCCAAUCUCAUGAUGACUGCUCUUGGAAAUGACCUUACACCCGGAGGCCAGGUUAUGGGUCCUCCUGAGGCGUUCUACCCCUCCCAGGACUUCACCAUCGACAGUUCUUUCGAAGAGGAUGAAGACGAUGAUCCCGAGUCCGCCCUUAAUGUGGACGAUUUCAUUGACUUUGGUAACGGCUCAUCCGACGAGGACGAUGACAUGGACAACCAAUUUGACGAUGAAGCCCAAGUGUCUCCAAUGGGACCGCCAUCCGUCAAGUCCAUCGGCGCCCGAACUCCCACACGAAAAUCCGAAUCUCAGCCCCCUAACAACGAAGAGCGCUUCCUGAAUCACCUGGACAAGGGCAUCGUCACAGCCUUCCGUCGCAACCACAACCGCUACCAGGCUCUCCUACGCCUCCCUCAACACCGCGAGUUCAUGCCGGCCAACUCUCCAGCUCGCCCGGCAAGCGUUUUCCGCCACGCCAAAAACAACGACCAGCGCACGCCCACCCGCAAACGCAAGUCAAGUGGCAUUGCCGGUGGCGAAGCCGUCCGUCGCAAGCUCAUGGACGCUCAGCAACGUCGCAGCACCCAACUCCCAAUGUGA